GCUGCUGUUGUUGAUCUUUCGUUUCGCCUUUCCGCUGCUGCUGCUGCUGCUGCUCUCUCUCGGCCGAAAGACGUACACUCACACAUUCGGGCUGCCGGGCCGCUGGACGACUGUUUGCCGGCCGUGUUUUAUCUUAUCAGUUUUCCUCGUUUUGUGUUUCACCAUUCCGCAGUGUGUGUGUUUUUUUUGUGCAGCUUGACAAUACGGAGGGCUGAUUUCAGGCCGGCACAAGCACACAAACGCCGUGUUGGAACGCAGUAGCGAAGUCGGAAGACAAUCGUUCUCCAAGUGGAGUUGCAGUUGUGGAAUUGUGGUCGCGCCCGGAAAGUCGCUCAGUAGUAUCGCCGCCAUGUGUACGCCGUCGAAAACGCUCCAGUCCUGCGUGCCGUUCCCGCUGGACGACGCGGUGCUGCAGGAGGUGGUGGAGAAGGCGAAGGACUGGGCGAUCAUGCACGGUGCCGCGAUGCGGUCCAAGCAGGACUUCAACCCGGAUGUGCUGCUGUUUGCACCGUUCAUACUGACGCCGAGCUCGUUUCCGCGCAAAGAGUUCCAGAAGGCGGUCGAGCUGCAGCCGCUGCUGAACGAGCUGAUACAUGCGGUGGCGCACGACAGCCAGUUUCUGCUCGCCACGCUCAGCUCCACCGAGAAGGUGGACGAGUUUACACGGGCCCUCAUCGCCAUCUACCGCACCGUGCUGGACGAGGGCAUUGCGCAGCCCCUCAGUUUGGGGCUGCUGCGCUCGGACUUGAUGCUGGAGACGCGGUGCGACAACGACUGCGGGGAGCGGGCGCGCGCAAUCAAUGCCUACUGCUGCUGGAAACAGGUGGAAAUCAACACGAUCGCGUCCGGGUUCGGCCAUCUCGGGCCCUCGAGCAAAUAUCUGCAAAGCUACAUUCUGUCGGAGCUUGGACAUCGAGAAAAGCUGGUCAAUCUGCCCGACAACAAGGCCCUGUCCGGGCUGUGCGAUGCGAUGGUUGAGGCGUGGAAGCUGCAGGCCCGCCCGUCCGCCGCCAUCCUGUUCGUGGUGGAGAACGUGACGUACAACAUCUGCGACCAGCGCUUUCACGAGUUUUACAUCCGCGAAACGUACCCGCACGUGGCCGUCGUGCGCCGCACGCUGACGCAGAUCGGCGAGCAGGGCCGGCUCGGCCCGGGCAAGGAGCUGCUGGUGGGCGACGUCGAGGCAAGCGUGGUGUACUUCCGGGCCGGGUACGAGCCGGGCCACUACUUCGGUGCGGGCGAAUGGGACGCCCGGCUGCUGAUCGAGCGGUCCGUCGCGAUCAAGUGCCCCUCGAUCCAGUACCAUCUGGCCGGCACGAAGAAGGUGCAGCAGGCGCUGGCCAAGCCGGACGUGCUGCGCCGGUUCGUGGGCGAUGACGCGCCAAAGAUCGAAGCGAUCCGGGACAUCUUUACCGGGCUGUACUCGCUCGACCGGGAGGAGGGCGGCGACGAGGCGGUGGCGCUCGCGCUCGCCGACCCGGAGCGGUACGUGCUGAAGCCGCAGCGCGAGGGCGGCGGCAACAACGUGUACGGUGCGGACAUCCCGGCCGCCCUGCAGGCGAUGAGCAGCGCGGAACGGUCCGCCUGGAUACUGAUGGAGCGCAUCUUUCCGCCCCUGUCCACCGGGUACAUGGUACGGCCGAAUGGGCCGGUGCCGCCCCCGCUGGUCCAGCUCGUGUCCGAGCUCGGCAUCUUCGGUGCCAUCAUCGGCUCCAAGGACAAGGUGCUGUACAACAAGCAGAUCGGGCACAUGCUGCGCACCAAGCUGUCCUCGUCCAACGAGGGAGGCGUUGCGGCCGGCUCGGGCGCCCUGGACAGUCCGUAUCUGAUCGAUUGAGGCAGACUACGCCGGCUGAACGCAUUUGUUUUUCUUUCACUGUUUGUAUUUGUUUGUCCCUUCUCUACGUAAUGUUGUGACGUACCUCGGGCUGCUAGGCUGAAGAAAAGGAGCUUUUUACACAGACAUAUUGUGCGCAGAGCAAACAACCGAUAUACGUAAGGGAAUAAUCAUAUUUACAACCGCACAGAUUGUUAGGGUAGCGUUUUGUUUACUUUGUGGAAGCAAUAAAUGGGUAUGCACGAAACAAAAAA